CAGGUGUUUGGGAAUGGGGCCUCUGCUGUUGCCAUCAUCUUACUCUACUUUAGCGUUGGGGUUGGUCUUUCUAAUCGGUGUAAACUGGAACCAUAUGGGUUGGAGCUGUCCUCUGGAGUGCUCCUGCCUGAACCUGAAAGUGAACUGUCAAGGCAAAGGGUUAGACCAUGUCCCUGAUUCAUUUCCUCUGACAACCAGGGAGCUGAUUCUGACCAACAAUUACUUCAAAUCGAUACCACCUUUGGAAAUCACUUAUCUCCAUGAACUGGUCUAUCUGGACUGCAGUCACAACCUGAUUGAACUCGACGGAGACACGAGCUUUCCAGCCUCUGAGAAGUUGGCCUACUUGGAUCUCAGUCACAACCGGCUGACGGACAUCUUAUCCCGAACUUUCUCCCAGCUCCCCAGGCUGGUGUUGCUCAACAUCUCCUCGAACCCAAUGAUAAAGAAGAUCCACGAGGAUGCCUUUGUCCCGGUCCCAAUCCUGAGAUACCUAGACGCCAGCUUCUGCGGCUUAGACACCCUGACGGUGAACACGUUUGACCACCUCAACGACCUUCAUACUUUGGGAAUCAAGGGGAACCCCUGGGAUUGUAACUGCACCUUUCUGGAAUUCUCCAAUUGGCUACGGCAGACCAUACGUGGGCAUGGCCACGCGAAGCCUCGGAUUGAAUUAAUAGAUCAAGAGCAAAUCACCUGCAAAACACCACCAAAAGUUGAAGGCUGGCCAGUCUUUAGUGCAGAAGAUGAGAUUCAUCAUGAUUGCCUUCUGCAUGUUGCAAUAACGGAUUUACUUCUCCUUGGUUUAAUUACCUUCUGCAUCUUUAUUGGAGGAACAGCGGUGGCUUGGCUGAUUGGCAUGAUUACAGUUGUAUUUCACCACCCAGUUAUGAAGGUGGGUGACGAAUCAGAUGAUGAUGAUGAGUUCAAAAUCUAGUCUUCAAAUAUUUAGCUCUUCCCAAUCGACAACCAUGUUCCAACAUGACAGAAAUGUGAGGUUUGAUAUUCUAAUUUUUGGCUAUUAUUUUUUUCUUUUUCCUAACUUUUUAAAAUUUAUUUCCAAAUUACGCAGAAGUUAUGAGAUUAACCUCUAGAGCAGGCGUGGGACAAAAGGUGGAUUCAGGGGAUGUAGAGAAAAAACUGAGCGGACUUUCAUCAAAUGCAAAAGACUAAUUAAUCUUCCAUUUUUGCCAUAUGUAUUAUUUCUUGGUUUUCCUUGAGCCGAAAAGUGUCAUAAUAAAUAUUUCAGGACUUUCAGCUUAUGUUGUGGUGGAUCGAUCAAAAUUGACAAUAAAAUUCUUAUCAAAAUGGAU